CGUCCGGGAAAGCGGGGAAUUCAGAAGCCAAGUGUUUCCAGUGUUGUAAAUACUUUGGAAUGUUUACUUUGGGAAGGGAAAAUUAUUGAUAAUGGCCCACUAUUCCAAAGAAGAGCUGGAUGAAGAGUUUGAACAGUUCAUGAAAGAGCUUUCAGAUGAUUCUUUUGAAAAUUCAAAUAAAACACCUAGACAACCUAAAGAAGUGAAGAAGAAUGAUACAGUGCCAUGGUGGAUAACUGAAGAUGAAUUUGAAGAUGGUGGACUACUUGGAACAAAUGUAAGCUAUUUGAAAACAAAGAAGACUCCUCAGCCUAUUAUGGAAAUAGAAGAGGAAUCUGCUGAAAGGAUUCAGUUUCUUAAGAGCAGUGGAACCUCUAUCUUAAGUAUUGACAGCUUAGAGGCCAAUGAGAUAGUAGUUCCUGAGCUCAAUCAUAGCAUUCUUGGAUUGGGAUUGGACACAUUAGCAGAGCAAGAGGAAAAAGAGCAAUUUUUUGCCAGGCUGGAGAAAGGCUUCACAUCUUCCAUUGAUUACUCCAGAUUAAAUAAAGAAUUGGAUUCUAAUGACUCCACACAUUUUAAAGCUUUACGUAGUAAUCAAGCUAAUGUGGAACUGACUGAAGAUAAACAUGAGGAUGAAUCAAAACAUGAAGAACUGGCAGAAAAUUAUAGUGAUGAUUUUGAAGAUGAGGAUAUUGAUGUACCUUUGACUCCUAAAGAAGAGACUAAUUCCAAAGAAAAUUCCAAAUCAGAAAAAAUAAAUGUACCUAAACAGGAAGAAGAGAAAACUGGCAUGCUGGCUAAUGUAGUGCUGCUUGAUUCAUUAGACUCUGUUGCAGAGGUCAACCUUGAUGACCAGGAGAGAGCAACAACUAAUCCAGAAGCACUGCCAGAUAUGACUGAUAAUGAAAUGACAGGAACAGGUGUUUCUUAUGGACAGAGCAGUAGUGACAUUGAAGCACUACAUCAGGCUUAUUGUCAUAUUGCCCAUUCUUUGGGAGAUGCAGAUGAACAAAGACCUGAGAGUAAUGCAGUGGAAAAUACCAAGAACUCAGCAAAAGAUCAUCCUCAAGAAAAUGAAGCGUCCUCUAAAAACAUCUCUACCACGGAAUCUGAUCUGCCCACAGUAGAGGAGCUGAUGAAGCCCAUCAGAAUAGAUUCCUUUGGGGUCAGUGGUUUCGAUUUACAACCUCUCAGCUAUAAGAAACUGGCUGAGAAUAAAGAAUCUGAAUUUGUUAGACCUUUACCCCUUAAUAUGAACCAAAAUGUUAUGUCUCAAGAACCACAAACUGUGAACCAAUUUUUGGACAGAAAUGAAGAGAAUGUAGUUUUAGAAAAGGCAACAAAUGAAGGUACAGAAACUAACCAUCCAAGAGUAAAUGCUGUGGAAGAACAAAUAGAUAAAAUGUACCUUGAUAUUUUGAAGAAAAAAAUAUCUGUUGGUCCUUCAUUAUUACCUCAGGAUGACAAAAUAAAUAAGACUUUUAGAUCUCAACUCAGUUCUGGAGAAGAAGGGGCUGGAAUUGGUAAACAGCUACCAUACAAGAAGGCCCGAAGUGCACCUCCUCUAUUUAAAAGAAAACCCCAGAGUGGAUUAUAUGCAUCAGUUAGGAGCUCAGGGUAUGGCAAACCCAGUUCACCCUUCAAGACAUUUUCUAAUCUUGAAAAGAAAACUUCAAAGGACAUUAUGAAGAGCAAAAGCUUGAGAUCCAUUCCUACCUCAAAUCAGGCUAGGAAAAAAGAAAUCUUAUCUGGAACGAGACUCAUCAGGCCUGCAGCUUUGGGUAAAGCAGCACCCCAAACGGAAAGUUGCCUGGCUACUCCUAAGGAGUCUGAAGGCCCUACAGAAGCAGAUUCCUGUGCUCAGGUUCAGAAUGAUUUUUCAGGAUACCAUGGUGGGAACAAGGAGACAGAAUUGAUUAUGUUUAAAAGAGUUCAGGAAGCAGAGGAAAAAUGGAGGGGUGCCCAAGCCCUAAUUGAGCAAAUUAAAGUCACAUUCUCAGAAAAGGAGAGAGAGCUGGAAAACAAGAUGGAGGAACUAAAGAGACAACAGGAAAAGGAACUCUUCAGACUGAAUCAAGACAAUUAUAUUCUACAAGCCAAGUUAAGUGGCUUUGAAGAAUCAAACAAAAAACAAAGGUGGUUGCAUUUUGGAGAAACAGCUGAUCCUGUCACUGAAGAAAAAUUGAAGCAAAUCCAAAAAGAAAUACAAGAACAAGAGACACUUCUUCAAGGAUAUCAACAGGAAAAUGAAAAAUUGUAUAAUCAAGUGAAAGAUCUCCAAGAACAAAACAAGAAAAAUGAGGAGCGAAUGUUCAAGGAAAACCAGAGUUUAUUCAGCGAGUUAGCUGCCUUAAAAGAACAGAUGCAUAAAAGUCGUUUCCUGUCUCAAGUAGUUGAAGAUUCAGAGCCCACCAGAAACGAGAAUUUUACAGAUCUGUUAGCAGAACUACGGGUGGCACAGAAAGAAAAAAACAGUUUAUUGGAAGACAUCAGAAGACUGAAGCAGGACAAACAGGCUCUUGAAGUAGACUUGGAAAAAGUGAAGAAAGAGAGAGACCAAGCCAAAGACCAGAUUGCUUAUGCCACAGGUGAAAAAUUAUAUGAAAUAAAAAUUUUAGAAGAAACACAUAAACAAGAAAUAAGUCGCCUGCAAAAAAGAUUACAGUGGUACGCCGAAAAUCAGGAACUUCUGGAUAAAGAUGCAGUUCGGCUUAAAGAAGCAAAUGAAGAAAUUGAGAAGCUGAAACUUGAGGUUGAGAAACUGAAAGCUGAAUCUGGAAAUCCAUCCAUCCAGCAGAAGAUACGUUUAAAAGAAAAAGCAACUGAUGCCAAAAAAAUUCAGGAUCUAGAGCGACAAGUUAAGGAAAUGGAAGGAAUUCUAAAGAGACGAUAUCCCAAUUCUUUGCCUGCUUUAAUAUUGGCUGCAUCAGCAGCUGGUGAUACAGUGGAUAGAAAUACAGUGGAGUUUAUGGAAAAAAGGAUAAAAAAACUAGAAGCUGAUCUGGAGGGCAAAGAUGAAGAAGCAAAGAAAAGCCUUCGGACCAUGGAACAGCAGUUUCAGAAAAUGAAGAUUCAGUAUGAGCAGAGACUGGAUGAGCAGGAACAGCUACUUGCCUGCAAGUUGAAGGAGGCAUCCCAGAACCAACAUGACAGCUCCUCCAGAGUUAAAGCACUAGAGAAGGAACUGGAUGACGUUAAGGAAGCCCAUCAAAUCACUGUAGGAAAUCUUGAAGCUGAAAUAGAUGUUCUUAAACAUCAGAAUGCUGAAUGGGAGCUCAAGAAAGAUGAUAAGGAUGAUCAAGAUUUCCAGUCUAUAGAAUUCCAGGUGGAACAGGCUCAUUCUAAAGCUAAACUGGUCAGACUCAACGAGGAGCUGGCCGCAAAGGGGAGAGAGAUACAGGACCUUUCACAAACUGUGGAGAGGCUUCAGAAGGAGAGGAGAAAGAUGCUCUCUAAUCAGCACUCUAAGGCUAGGGAGGAAAUGGCUGCCAAAAGGGUGAAGAAACAUGUUCUGCACCCGGGUAAAAGAAAUGCUAACUCCUCUGGAACCCUGGAGGGCAAGCUUUACCAACCACAUACUUUUACUGAUUCCGAUAUUUCAGAGGUUGUACAAGAAAACUGCAGAUUGAAAAAUGAACUGGAGAGAUUAACUGUGGAGAGGAAUGAGCUGAAGAUGAAAUCUGAAGUAGCAGUGAACCAAUUUGAAAACUCCAUGAAAAGGUUCAAGGAAGAAACUGCAGCACACAUCACAUCCCUCAAAGCAUCUCAUGAGAGGGAAGUAGAGAAACUCCUUUGCCAAAACGCAGUCGAAAAUUCUUCUUCUAAAGUAGCCGAACUAAAUCGUAAAAUAGCAACUCAAGAGGUACUUAUAAAACAUUUCCAAAAUCAAGUUAACGAGCUGCAGGGUAAACAAGAGUCUCUUGUAGUUUCUCACGUUCGAGAAGAAAUCCUACAGAAGGAGAUUACAAAACUCUUGGAAGAAUUGAGAGAAGCCAAAGAAAACCAUACACCAGAGAUGAAACAUUUCAUGGUCUUAGAAAAGAAAAUUAAACAGAUGGAAAUGAGACAUGAGCAAAGAGAGCAGGAGCUUCAACAGAUAAUACAGCAGACACACCAAGUAGUAGAAACCGAGCAAAACAAAGAAAUUGAGAAAUGGAAAAGACUUGCACAGUUGAAGAAUCGUGAGCUGGACAAGUUCCGCACGGAGUUAGACUCGAUUUUGGAUGUUCUCCGAGAGCUGCACCGGCAGGGGUUGGUCAUGCCAGUUGCUUUGGCAGAAGAAGUGAAGGCACCAGAGUAUUACUAGAAACUCUCAUUUCAUGUGACCUCACAGAAAGGCCUGAAGAUGGACAGUGGAUGGGGUCUCUGUCAGAAGGAUGCUUUUGAAAAAAGUGUUAACAGUAUGUUGCCAGAACACGAAAGCAACAUUUCAAAAUAAAUUACCCUUUACCGAUUAGGAGGGGAAAAAAAGAGCAG